UUUUGCGUAUCUUGGAAAAAAACAGGAAAUUGAAUAAACGUAAUGACGUCAUUGAAGAGCGCCUCUGGUGGCCUUCGAAAUGGGCUCGACUCCUUAGCCUUGAUUUCUUCGAUUGUCCCUCAGCAUAUCAACUUUUUUAUGAAGCAAAACCUGUUCGCGAUGACAUUUGGAGGUGAAGUGGCAGUCGAGGGUCAGCCAGUGAUUUCAGAACUGGUUCCUGUGCCAGCUGACUGGCUUGCAAGUUUCUGUUCCUUUGCAGUGCAGUAAAGCUUCUCUCUUGAUCAGAGGAUUGCAAUGAAACCAGCUCAGGAGCGCAACCAGGAGUGCCUGCCUCCUAAGAAGAGGGACCUCCCAGUUAGUAACAGCAGUGGUGCUGGAGGGACAGGGGGAGGUGGUGCUGCAGGAGGAGGAGGAGGAGGAGUUGGCACUGGAGGUGGUAGUGGUAUUGGAGAGGAUGAAGUCGUUUCUAUCCAGAACUCUCCAGCAAAUAGUGACACUCAGGGAGGGGCUCAAUCUGGGGAGUGGCUGCGAGCUCAGGCAGGGCUUCAUUAUGGUAUGGAUAGUUCUGAUGGCAUACCAGCAGUGCCCGUAGACCAGUACAGUAUGCUCUAUAAGGUGGCUGUUCCAUCUGUUACCUAUUCACCCACCAGUCUUCACCCAGUGUUAAGCCACAUCUCUCCAGCCUACACGGUCCACUCUCCUCUCCUGCAGCAUCCAGGCCUUCCCUAUCCUCCUCCCCUUGGUUAUGCCCAGAUCCCUCAUUCUUCUCUUCAGUUUGUUACCUCCCCAUAUGCAGUACCUUAUGCUCUGCCCCCUGGCUUUGUCCCAAGCUCCUUAAUCUCUCCUUCAGGCUCCAUCCCUCAACCCCAUGCAGUGUCCCACCUUGUUCCAUACCCACCUGUGAUACAGGAAGGUGUUGUUUCCCCACCUCCCCAGGCCCAGGUAGCUGCUCAUACCUUUGCCAAAGUUGCAGCAUCUAGUGGUGUCCCACUGAUGCUGCCUUCAGAGCAAGCUGCCCAGCAGCAUCUUGGUACUAUAGGUGUUUUGCCUGCAACAGAGCUCAGCUCUCGAGGAAUACCAGUUUUCUACCACCCUCAGGGCGCCAGGGCUGCUACCAGAGACCCCCAUAGUGCCCAACAAGAGAAUGAACCAGAGAUGAAUGGAGGAGAUAAAGAUCAUGGAGCUAGGGAGGUUUUACCAGACAUGGCCUACUCUGCCAGAAAUGCACAUCUGCCCCCGGCAACAUCCAGCUCUGCUGCACAGGAACACAGCCAGGACAGAAACCUACAGAGCCAAAGGAUGGAAGAGAGGAGCUCUCCAGGCCAACGAAGCACUCCAGACAGCGACCUGGAGGUGCAGCAGGUGGUUGGUCGUCUGGCGCCCACUGGUGCUGGGCGAAAGGAGGUCUCCUUUGCCCCAUUGAACCUCUCACAGGGAAACCAGAGAGCCAGAGAUGUCCAUGGAGAGAACACAGGUGUUACUUCUGGCCGAAAUGCAUACACAGGCCAGCCUGCGAGUUACAGCGACUCCAGAGUGUCCAGCAUCCAGCAGCAAACAGGUCAACCGGGCCACGCUGUAAUGUUAGCCAACGGGCAACCAGUCCUUAUUCCCUUUGAGUAUCACACUCAGCAUCAGUCCCAACCAUCACAGCAACACUACCCAGGACAGGCGAAUGAUUCCUCAGCCAGCCAUGGCUCCACCGCUGUGGCCUCGCCUAACCCCAGCUUUAAAGCCUCUGUUCCUUCAGCCAGAGUGUGCCUCCCUGAAAGGGCUGUGGGGGAGCCGAGCACAGCACAACAGCAGCAGGUUCCUCAGCAGCCUCCAGUCCAGCCUAUAGCAGACAUGACUCAGGCCUUAGCUUCAAGCCUCGCCCCGACUCCGGCCCCUGCCCCCUGUAACCCAUCACACUUCAUGAAGGGGGCUAUUAUCCAGCUGGCAACGGGGGAGCUGAAACGUGUGGAGGACCUGCAGACUCAGGACUUUGUGAGGAGCGCCGAGGUGAGUGGAGGGCUUAAGAUCGACUCCAGUAUGGUGGUGGACAUCCGUGCCAGCCAGCAGAGACCCGGGCUCGUUUCACUUCACUUCACUGUCGGGGAGCAGCAAAGCAAAGUGACCAUCGACGUGCCCCCAGAACAUCCCUUUUUUGUUUUUGGCCAGGGCUGGUCAUCCUGCAGCCCCGAGCGCACGGCCCAGCUCUAUGGCUUAUCCUGUCAUCAUCUGCAAGUAGGAGAUGUUUGCGUGUCCAUCACCCUCCAGCAGCAGACGCAGCAACUUCAGCCUCAGCAGCAGAAACAACCACAACAUCAUCAUUCACAGCAGCAGCAACAGCAGAAUCUCUCCAGGACUUUGACCAAAAGCAAUGCUGCGUCUGGACCCGGGCACCAGCUCAUGGGGCCCCCCGCGCCUCAGCAGUUACGACCCCCGUCUCAUUUUAGAUUGGACCGUAUCCACAGAGAAAGACAGCGGGAGGGAGACAAAGAAGUGGUUGAUAAGGAGGAUGCAACACAGCUGGGCGGGAUCGGGCACACCGAAUCCACCGGUAGACCAAGUAGGGCCUCGGCAGAGCACCCGAGGAGCCAGAGCAGCUACCACUUGCACACAGAGAGCUCCAGUUUCGGGGCAGGAAUGGGCGCAAUGCAGUCUGCUGUAGGUGCUUCUCAGAGGCGCUGGUCCUCUCCUGGCCUCCAAAGAUACAAUAUGAAGGGAGAUGAUGGGCCACGCCCUCAGAUAAGCACCUCUGGUCCCACAAGACCCUCUUUCAUCCCCCAGGAGGUCAAACUGUCCAUUGAGGGGCGCUCUAAUGCAGGGAAGUAGCAUCACAAAUGGUAGCACCUAUAGAUGAGACUACCACAAGUAAGAAUGAGUGUGACGAGGAGCGAAAGAGGAAAAAAAAGAGUGCGAAUGUAGCCUCAGAAUGUUUGAGAUUUCAGAUUUUGCACACCUGAAAUACAGAAAACAAGAUCCCUCUGGCGUCUCUGGUUCUGAAAGGUUCUAGCGGUUCGGUUGGAUAAGAGCCUGUGUAUUCCAGCCAGCUGAGGUCUGACCGGGACCUAAAAAGCUGAGUCGAAAGUUUGGUAUGUAGCUGAUGAAAUGCCUACUAUAGUCCUUACACACUGCAUUUCUCUUCCUCCCUCCAUUGUUGCCACUUCGUCAUAUAUCUGCUUGGAGGUUUCCACCACAUUCACAGCGCUGUCACUUCCCUUUUUGACCAAACUCUCUCUGUGGAAGACGACGGACUACAAAGAAUGUGUUUGUAGCACAGUGAAGUUACCAACUCUGCAGAUUCUCUUGUAUUUCAAAGAUCACAGCCUCCAUUCCUAAGAUCUUUUUUCCUCCAAAAGCAUUCACCCAAAAAUAGAGAGCAGUUGCUGACAUCGGCAGCUCCUGUAGAGAUGUUGGCUGUGUUGAUGCUAUCUGUCAGUGUAUGUUACAUUAUGCUUCUCUGGCAGGAGUCGAAAAACUAUGCUGUCAGCAGAGAUCCUCCCUCCCUCCCUCCUCCUAUUUUUGGGAGGCCGGUCUGCAAAGAAUGGGAUCCUCUCCCAGAUCGAGUGUGGUGCAUCCCACUUGUCUUACAAUCAGAAUAGUGAUUAAUCAAUCAAUCUGUUCAGCAAUCAGUGUCCAUGCCAAAAGAAACCUGCUUAUAAAACACAGCAUCACACCCUCUGUAUGUGGACUGAAGUCACUAACCUGUGUGUUUGUGUACAUGCCACAAAUUAGAUUUAUGCUUUGUUCUCUAUGAAAAUUAGGAAUAUUUAUCAUUCCAGACUGAUCAGUGAAAAUAUCCAUAACUUGUUUUUAAGGGUUCUAAGGGUAAUUUGCUAUCCUGAAUGAAGCCCUUCCUCCUCCUCCUUCUGGACACUGUACCUCAGAGCUCUCCCCGACCAGACCGGUGGAGGCACUGGCUGGUCAUGACCAAAGCCACCUGUGGGAUUGAACCAGAGAUACAGUGUGCUGCCACAUCACUGGCUGCAGGUCACUUCUGCCUCAACCCUGGAGACCAGGGUUGAAGGGUCCAGCAGUUGGCCUCGGAAAGAAAGCCUGUGUGCAAGUGGGUCAGUGACAAGGCGUUCUCUUUGUCCUCAGCUCCAAUCACUCUCUGCUCAGUUACCAAAUUAAAGCAAUAGUUGUUUUAGCAGCUCAUGGCGGUUCUGCUCUUAUCCAGGAAUGAGCUACUUUAGAUGUGUGACCAUCUGAGGUGUGAGAUUUGAUCCUUUUUUAACCCCUACUUUUAAAGGUGAUGCACUAUUUUGGGUGUUCAUUUUCAUUUAUUAUAUUUCUAUUUCUGCACUAGCCUCAAAACUUCAAAAAAAAAUUUGAAUAAUUUCUCAAAAUUAUUGUUCUUUGAAAUCAUCGCAAAAUUUUUUCUUUGUUUCUUCAUCUCGCUGAUGAUCUUACAGAUUUCCUAAAGUGCAUCUCUGAGAGACUCUUGUUAAUUUGUGAACAGUACCAAAUUGUUUUCUGUGUUCUUUUUCUAACGUAUACUGUACGAUCCUUUGCUUUUGUACUAGGAUGUGCUUUAUCCAGUGGAUCUAAUGAUUGUCUUGUGUUGCACAUAGAAAAUGUCACUCAUUGAUUUCACACUGACCUUGUAAGAGGAAUCACAUUACAGUGGAUGUGUUUUUUUUAAUGAAGGGAAUAUGUUUGAAGUAUUGUUGGUGUUGUGGUGAGAGAGAAAAAAAAACUGACUUACUUUUUUAACUGUGUUUACAAAUUAGCCAAGACGAAUGCUGCAGUUUCCUCCUCUUGACACAUUUUUUUUGAAUGUGUGUCACAAAAAAAAAAAAUCCGAAAGUGUGAAAUUAAAAACAAGUGCAAUUAGAUCACACAUAACAAAAAAAAAAAUCAUUCAGAGGUUUAUAAUCAGACAGCAUUCCUCACACAGACAUUCCCAUUGAAAAGUGCAAAUCACACAAUACCAGUUUCUUCAUUUUCAGUCAUGUGUAGUAGGUUUGGAUAGUAAAUGGAUGUGUUCGGCACAUAUCCAAGGAUUUCUGAAGCACGUUUGUCAAUUUUCUGCCACCUCCACUGCUGCAAAGGAACAGAUCUAUAGUUCACGUACAGCCUCUUGUCUGUUCCGUCUUAACAUUUCUUCAUAGUUCGCCAAGUGUACACCUGAGCCUUUGUCAGCAGGUGUAUCCUCGCAUCCUUUGGUACUGUCUGUAUGAGCAACUUGAACAUAGUUUCCAUAAGAAAUUGCCACUUACAUCAGCGAAGAAUACAUUGUACCAUUGAAAGCUUGCCAUGAGUUAAGCAAUGUACAUAAUAUCUGAAACAUUUCACCCAGUCUUGGCAUUUUCUAUGCAGUAAACUCAGUGUUGUACCCUUCGAUGUCUGACGUACACCUCUGUGAAGCAGUAGGGCAGCCAUUUAACGCCCGCUGACGCCUGCUUAUGGGGAUUUUUUAUUUGCGUUUUAUGGGAAUACAAACCAGUGUUUUGUUUUUUCGCUACUUCCUUUUUUUUCUCCAAUAAGUGGUCCCAUCUUAAUAAUUACACACAGUCUACGCACAGACCCGUAAACUCAUGCCACAGUCAAAAGCCAAAUGAUGUCUGUCGUUCAGAUUCUCAUGUAUGUCCAACAUGAAUAAUGGCACAGUUGCCAAGCUGCUUCAGCAGUGUGUUUUAGGUCAAUAUGCAUUUGAUGGGUUUUAUAUGGUGCAAGCAGUGCCACCUGUGACUUUACCUCCUGUUCAUUUUCACACAAAGACCAUCCUGUGCUACAAUGAGCCUUUUUGUUUACCCUCUGCUUAGAGCAAGCACCAAACAUCUACUAAGUACAAAUAUGUCCAGUCAUUUUUUUUUUUUUAUUCACAACACUGACUGUCUGUUGCUGUAAGUAAUUGCACUAAAUGCCCUCCUUUACAGUGUUGGUAAAUUGAAGAGUUUCCAAAUGUAAAGCACACAAAAAUCACAAGAAAUCACAAGUGUGUUUCUGUAGAUAGAUGUUUUUUUUGUUUUUUUUUUUGUAUAGUUAGCUUUGCUGAUGCUUGUCGAUAAUGCCUUAAAUUCUGCUUUGUACAAUGUAUGGAAUUGAAAUAAUGGAAUAAUGUUCCUGGUAGAUGUGGUGUUCCCUUUUCAGACUGUACAGGAACAGAUGAGUCCAAGGUUGGCCUGUUAAAGAGCAGAAAAUCAUAUAUCGAUGUUUGACGGUUUAGACAUGAAAUCUGUCAGGGUAUGUUGUUUUUGGGGGGUGGGGUGGGGGUUCUCUUUUGCCUCAUAAAUUCCGUUACAUAUUUUCACUUUCAUACGUGUGGAAGUCCAGGUGUGGAAGGUCUUUGCACUUUGAUAGUGCAGCGACGGAGGCCAGUCCGUUACCUGUGCACCUACGCACACUCCCACACAGAUUCACACACAUCAGUUCUGUUUUGUUGUUGCACAGGAUGCAUAGAUUUUCAUCCCUAGAUUUAAUGGAUUGUGUUUGGUGUCUUUGUGAUUCCUCCUAAAGUCUCCAGAAGGCAGACGAGGGUUUGAAUAUAUGGAGGGGCUGCAUAAAUCUGAUAGCUUUCCAUUGGUGGUGAUUUAGUUGUUUGUUGUGUGAAGUUGCUGGUGGGGAUCUCUCAUCCCUGUAUGAACUACUUCCUAUUGUUUGAUCCAGUAUUGAACUGCAACGGUGAAUUGGGGACGGUUUUCGGUUUUUGCUGAUGUCGAGUUAAAUCAGGAGAAAGAUGACGGUUUAAAGUUUUAAAGAAGUCUGUAUUUUCAGAUUUGACAUUGUACUUUUUUGGCACAAGGUGACACUGCUUUUUAUGUGACGUGUAACUAUUGAAAACAAAACAAAAAACAGCAUCUUUUUUUUUAUGCCUAAAUCUGCAAAAUAUAUGCAAUGAUGUAAAUGUAACAUUCAAUCCUCAAGUAUAAUCCAGGUUGUAUGAACUUUGUAUAGUGAGUUUUAAUAUCGUAUGGCCGUACCAAUAUGUAUUGAUCUUUAUCAGAAGCCUUAGAGUUGUCGACCCAAAGUGCUCCCUUAGAAUACCCUACACCUACCUGAAUUUAACAAAGCAUUAAUAUCUCUAUUUUGUUGCAUUUUUAUUUGUACCCUUUUGAAUAAAAUAGAUUUGUACUGUA